AUGAUGUGCAGCGAUAAUGACUCGCUGGCCUUCAUCAAGUCACAAUACAAUGGUCCCUACAACUCCUCAUUAGCCUCCUCGGCAUCAUCCUCAUCCGCCUCGGUUUGGUCUGAUGCCUCUUCGCAACAUUCCGACGAUACCUCUAUUUCCGCCUUCACUACCGACUCGUCGGAUCCAUGCGGCGCCACUUCCUUCCGCUCACAGCGAUCCGAGGUUUGCGAUCAGUCGACCUCGGCCACCUCGUGGGCAAAGCAAGCGCCUCAGCUCUCGGUCGAGGUUCCACGGGAACUUCGACAAAACCCAAGACGCACGUCGUCUAGUGUGACUGCCAGGACUGGUUGCCCACCUGCCUUGACGCGCCAAAGUGACCGCAAGGUCAACUUUGUCGACAACCUCGUCGAUUCGUCAACACAGAUCGUGGAAGCGAUUUGGCCUCUCUCGUCGGUGGUUUACCGUGUCGAACUUGGCAACAAGGCUGUGCUUCCGCUGCGCACUUUCAUCCAGGAAACGCUGCGUCGCUCCCGCACGAGCUACUCCACCCUGCAAGUUGCACUCUAUUAUCUUAUACUAAUUAAGCCUCAUGUUCCCAAGCAUGACUUUACUAUGGAACAGCCUGACGAAAUCCAUGCCAGCAGAGUGCUGCAGUGUGGGCGUCGUAUGUUCCUGGCUGCUUUGAUCUUGGCAUCCAAGUACCUGCAGGAUCGCAACUACUCUGCACGGGCUUGGAGCAAGAUUUCCGGACUCGCUACGCAAGAAAUCAACCAGAACGAAAUGGCUUUUCUGCUGGCAGUCAACUGGAAGUUACAUAUCACAGACGAAGUCUUUCGUCGUUGGGCAGACAUCGUUCUGAAGUAUACGCCUUCUCAGCCUCCGUCUCCGGGAGCCGCUUGCACCGCGGCCAAUGAGCGUGAGAUCCAAGAUUGGAAGAAUCUUAUCCUAAAGUUGAAUCCGGAAUUGGACAACGUGGAAGAUUUGAUUCCUACGAGCCCUUCGUCGAAGGCACUCCUGAAAGAUUUCACUCCAAUCUCGCCUCGCUCGCUAUUGGCCACGUCAAAGGAGCGCCCUUGCGCCUUUGGAUAUGAAUCUAAUGAGGCAACCCCAACUCCCAAGAGCUACAACACGCCCACCAUCAUGGAGCCUUCCCCGGCCACUGUAUAUACUCCCGGCCGACUGGCCCCAGCUCUUGGGCUUCUACCGACACCUCGCCUUACUCCGCAGACACCGGGCUUCAGCACUCCUGCCGCGAAUGCUGCGUCUUGUCUGCUCAGUGGCAAGGGCUCGAUGGGUUUUGCUAUGGCCCAGGCCUCGCAUGUCAAUGCCGCUCAGAACUUGGAUCGGUGGCCCGGUUCCUUGUCUUCCUCACCGCUGAGCUACUACCAGCCAGCGCGUCGCUCGUCACUCGCCAAUUCUGUUUCUACUGCGUCUUCCCCAGAGUCGAUGAUUUCGGACACCUCCCGCACAUCACGCUCAUCCUCAAUCUCAUCUGCUUCGUCGCUGGUCAGCGCGCCGUCAACCAAAUUGGAUGUACAGGCGCGAUGCCGCUACGCGAAGCUUUGCAGUGAGAGGUAUAGCUUGAGACCAGCCAUCGCCUCUGUUCCAGAAGACUACGAAGAGAAUUGCCUCACAUCCUCGCCCGAGUCCUACACCGGCCCGGUGGGUAAGGACUUGAUGGAGAUGUCAUUGGACACUCCUCUGGACUGCAGAGGACGUGAGAACGACGACGCUGCCGAUGCUGCGCGUGCUCUACAGGAACUGCACAACUACCACGAAACUCAAACGAGCCGGACUAGCUCCAAGAGGAGCCGUCCAGUCUCGAUGAACAAUUCUCUGCAGGAGAACGUUCGAGACUUGCUCAGCAGCCACUACGCCGCCAGCGGUGAGUGGUCUAGCAAGCGUGUCUGCUACUCAAACGACGCCUCCACUGCGUAUACUAUUCCGUCCUUGCACCCAGCCAUGGGAGGCUCUGGCGGACCUGGCAUGUGGGAGGGCGUUCUCAACUAA